AUGUCGCUUGUAGAUGGAUGUGUUGUAGAUGUAGAUAUGGUUCAACCACUUUUCGGUGAACACAUUUCGGAUGAUGAUCAUUUUAAACUAUUUUCCACCUUUAUAAAUUUGAAUUUUCUGAAGGGUAUCUGUUCUUGUCUCUUGUCAAUUGAAAAGAAUCCCCGCAAUGUCAAGGGCCUUGUGAGCUUAAAGUACAAGGAACUUUUGGACACCCUCUUUACUUCUAGAGAACAUUUUAUUGAGACUGUUACGUCUCCAGACAGGAAAAAUGAGGGCAUCGUUCGGGGAAAUAUACUGGCCAACUGUUUUGAUUCACAGAACAUACUCAAAGCCUACGAUUGCAUCCUUGAAACCUCUGCUAAAGCGUCUCAGGUGGAGAUUGCGCUGGCCAUUUGUCAUGCAGACUCCACAGAGUACAAGAGAGGACUUUUGGAGCAACUUGGAACAGACAUUCCUAUAGAAAUAAUUCCCGCCAUACUCAAAAGUUUGCUCAUUUCUCUAGAGAUGAAAGAGGAAUUGAUGGACAUGCAGAAUGAGCCGAUAUAUAACGCAGUGGUAAAGCUACGUGAUUGCCUCUUCUCUGGAGGUCUUGAGGAGCUGUCAACGAGGGGUUUUUCUGCACUCAUUACGCUUUUUGAUUACGGAUUGUUGAAGAAGAGAGAACUUGUACAAGAGGCUGUUAAGGAGCUGGAAAACCGGAUAGAAAAUCUGGACAGAUAUAAAGAUGUUCUAGAAGGUAAAUUACUCGCAAAAUCCGCGAUGUUACUCUUGAAAAGUAGUGAAUUUGUGCUGCAAAGACUUUCAAGGUGCCUAUGCAAGCAUGCACAUUUUAUAACUCCAGGGCAAAUUCCAAUCGUCCUUGACAUCUUUGUGAAGCUUGGAUUUAAUGAAAAGGAGUGGCUUAGGAUGCUGGAGCCUUAUGUGGAGGUUGGUCUAUUUGAUCCCCAAACGAUGUUAAAAGUCGAAAAACUCUGCAACACACUUGGAAUUUUAACAAAACCGCCUAUCGAAGAAUCACAUGAUGAAAAUGGGAAAUUGUAG